AUGGAGUCACCCGAGGUCGAGGGCAGUUCGCCAAAUAAGAGGAAGAACACGACGGAGGAUGGAAGAGUUGCAAAGAAGCCUCGCAUGCAAGAUGAACAAUAUGAACGGGAUCACUGGCCUGCACAUUUUGAGCGUGCGUUCAAGGCGUUGAAUACCGUCAUUGCAUUUUGCUCUUCAAGGAAGCAUUUGGCAACCACGUUCCCAGUCGUACGAAAGUCGGUAGAGGACCUGCUCAAGCGGCCACUUGACCUCAAGGAAGUAGCGGAGAUCAAGGCCAUCAUCCCAGACCUUUUGCAAUUCGGUUAUAUACCAGCAGAUCAAAUUAGGCUUAAUGAACAGGAUCCUGGGACCAGAAAGCGGGCAUCUUCCCCUACAUACGCUCUCCCAAGCGGCCCUAUUCUGGAUGAGGAUGAGCAUGUACUGGUACUCGAGUUUGUCGAAAGUACAAAGCGGCACAAGCCUGCCGAGUCAGAAAACGCAUACUCCCUUCCGCCAUCCAUGACUGCAGCGGCGCUCAAGAAACUUAUAGAGGAACGCAAUAAUAGAUUUACCCAAGCAGUUGAAGAGCUUCUAAUCGCCUGCCCACCGGAAGAGGAUCCAGUCGACCUUGUGCAACAAGCCGCCCGCGACCAUAUUCCAGUGCUUUCUAGAAAGUGCGAGGGGAUCGACUCGAUACCAACCUCUUCCUCUCUCGGUCUUCAGAAAGCACGCGGUAUCUCCAGCUUUUACGUCCAUCAAGCUGCUGCUAUCAACGCCGUGGCCGAAGGGAAAAACUGCAUCGUUUCAACACCGACCGCGUCGGGCAAGAGUGUGAUUUAUCAGGUUCCGGCGCUGCGCUUUUUGGAGGCGGAUAGGAGCUCGACGGCAAUUUACAUAUAUCCGACAAAGGCACUGGCACAAGAUCAACGGCUUGCCCUCGACCAACUGGUUCAUGCCUGCCCUGGUCUUGAGGACAUCCAGGUUGCAACAUACGAUGGAGAUACUCCAAAGGAUAAGCGUCGAGGAGUCCGGGAGAGUGCAUCUGUCAUUUUUACCAACUUCGAUAUGAUCCAUGCUUCUAUUUUGCCCCAGGAAGAGCAAUGGCGCAAGUUUCUAAAGAACCUCAAGGUCGUCGCAGUGGACGAAUUGCACUACUAUUCUGGUCCACUGGGAAGUCACGUUGCGCAGAUAUUACGGAGGCUACGACGUGUGUGUGCGGCAGUCGGCAACCGGCAUGUGCGCUAUAUUUCAUGCAGUGCCACGAUUUCCCAACCGCUGAAGCAUAUGAAGGCAAUCUUCGGAAUAGAAGAUAUUGAAGUCAUCACCGAAGAUGGUGCGCCCACGGGACCAAAAGAAUUUCUCAUUUGGAAUCUGCCACUCGUGGACCAGCAGCAGCCAAAGACCGGGAGAGUGUCUCCCUUUACACAAACUACUGCUCUCAUGCGGUUUUUGAUGAAGCGAGGUGUUCGAACGAUCGUGUUCUGCAAGAUUCGCAAAACUUGCGAGAUAGUGAUGAAGAUUCUCCGUACGGAGCUAACGGCAGAAGGACGUUCGGAUAUCCUUCAGCAAGUCAUGGCGUAUAGAGGAGGAUACUCACAAGAUGAUCGUCGCAAGAUCGAGGCCGAAGCUUUUUCCGGAAAUCUUCUGGGGAUCGUCGCCACCAAUGCACUUGAAUUAGGUGUUGAUAUUGGUAACUUGGACGCUGUGAUAAUCCACGGUUUCCCAAUGAGCAUUGCGAGUUUGCGGCAGCAAGCAGGUCGUGCAGGUCGUCGCGCGCGAGACUCACUCGCUGUACUCGUUGUUGAUACCUAUGGGAUAGACCAACAUUACGCCAAGAAUCCAAAUGAACUGUUUGAGAAGACGACCGACAACCUAUUCGUCGACCUGGAGAAUCGUAUUAUCCUCGAAGCUCAUUUGCAAUGUGCGGCAGAAGAGAUGCCCAUAAAUGUGAUUGAGGAUGUUCAGUACUUUGGCUCCCAGUUGGGUGAAAUCUGUGAAACAAGACUCAAAGCAGACUCUGAUGGAUGGUAUCAUCCACAUCCUCAGUAUCUGCCAUACCCAUCGAAGCACGUCUCCAUUCGAGGUGCGAAGGAAGGCACUUAUACUAUCAUCGACAUUACACGCAUAGCUAGAGGUGGUGAGGCUCGUAUACUCGAAGAAAUAGAGGACUCGCGUGUUCUAUUCGAGGCAUACGAAGGCGCCAUCUUCAUUCAUCAAGGCCUUACCUUUCUCGUCCAAGAGAUCAGCCACGACUCGCGUACGGCGCGUGUCAUACGCACCGACGUCAACUGGACUACAAAACCCCGAGAUUACACGAAUUACGACGCCGUUCGAACCAAUAGGAUACGAGAGGUUCAAGGCAGCCCACAUCGUGCAUAUUAUGGUCGCGUGGAUGUGACGACGGUCAUAUUUGGCUAUUUCAAGCUGCGACAUGGAAAAAUUCUUGAUGCUGUCGAUCUGGAAAGCCCGCCAUUUGAACGAGAGACGACUGGGUUCUGGCUGGAUGUACCAAAGGCGAAUCUACAGCUCAUGAAGAAGAAAGGUCUGAAUCCUGCGGAAGCAAUACACGCCGCAUGCCAUGCAAUCUUGAACCGGUUUGACCUUGGUCAUGCUCUCCGAACAGAGUGCAAGAUUCCUCAGAAAGAGUAUCAGGCAAAGCCUUCACAGAGAAAGCGACCGGCAAGACUCAUCUUCUUUGACCCACCGGGUAGUGGAGGCUCACUAUCUGCAAAGGCUUUUGAUUACAUUUCUGACCUUGUACACCAGUCGUUUGAGACAGUCGAAUCGUGCUCAUGCAAAGAGGGCUGUGCAAACUGCGUUCAGAGCGCAAUGUGCAAGGAGAGCAACAUAGUUUCAUCGAAACUCGGUGCUCGCGUUGUUCUUCGAGGACUCUUGAAUCUGCCUCUGGAAGAGAGUGCUAUUCCUCUGGAUGUGAAUGGCAUCACGGACACGGUCGUGGAUGCGGAUAUAGUCGAGCUUGCACCGGGAGUCGAAGUGGAACGAUAUGGAAUGUAA